GUCCCGCUCGAGGCGCUCGGGGAAGACGCGGCCGAGCCGUGCGAGAUGAAGCUGCAGAUGAGAGGAGACCGGCGGUCGCGAGUGGCAUCGGGGGCAAGUGUGGUAGCGGCAGGCAGCGCGAAGAAGGGAAACCCGAAUGUCGUGGGCACCUCAGAGCUCGACGGCAUGACGACGGAGACCAAGGCAAUCCAGGAGUGCCCCGCAGGUCUCCCGCUGGCGGAGGCCGACGAGAGGAUGGCAGAGAUGGGCCCCAACUCAGUGGCGCGCCACGCGGGGAUCUUCGAGGGCAUCCCAGCGGAGGGAGCGGGGGAGAGGAGCGCGUACAAGACGCAGCUCGAGGAUCACAACAAGCAGCGGCAGCAAAUGAAGGUCAGUGUUCCGCAGAUGGGAGAGCUCGAGCCGAUGGUGAAGAUCACGGGCUGCCACGAGAUAUGCAAGGUCAAGCUCGUCCUAAGCGUCGCGGGCGGCAAGGCCCACGACCGACCAGUGUACGAGGCGCUGGACCAG